AACCCUCUCGUUUCCCGCUUUCUUUAAAAAUUAAAAAUGGACUCCUCGCCAAUGAUGGAAGAAGAAGCAAUGGAGGUAGAGCAGCCGAGGAAGGACAUAUUCUCCUCAGCUCACAAAGAGUCGGUGACUGAAGCAGUGAUACAGACCCUCCGUAAGAAUGGAGUGGAUACUGCGAGCCUUUCCCAGCAGGGAAGAGGAGGAGGAGGAGCUAUUGGAGGGAAUGGAAAUGGGAAGAUAUUUGGUUUGUCUUUAGAAGAUGGUCGACAAGAAAGAAGAGUGACCGAGACUAAUGGCAGUCCUUGUUAUUUACCAAAGUUUUUUGUGACGUCAAUCGAGUUUUUGAGGAAUCAUGUUAAAACUGAAGGCUUGUUUCGUAAAGCUGGAUCAUGUGUCAGACAAAAACAAUUAAGAUUAUUUCUAGAAGAAGGAAAUGCUGAUAUACCUGGUAAUGCCGAUCCUCAUGAUGUGGCAUCACUCUUGAAACAAUAUCUUAGAGAAUUGCCAGUCCCUUUACUUACACACAGCCUAUCAUUAGUACUGCUAGAGUGUAACGAGUUGCUAAGUGAUGAAAAAGAGCAAGACAGUCACUCAAUCAGUAAAACUGAAGCUAUAUUAAUGUCCUGCUUGUUACUGCCUACACAACACCUACUCUGCCUACAGAUCCUAACAAAUCUCCUUCAUGAUGUUGCUGUACAUUCUAAUGAUAGUCGUAUGGACAGCAACAGUCUAGCUGUUGUAUUAACUCCAAACAUAUUCUCAUUACAAGAAACCAAGAAAGGAAAGAAAAAUACAAAAGGAGGUGGGGGAGUAGGGCCUGGUGACAUUAAGAGCAUGACAAGUAUAACCACUGUUCUUAUUGAUCAGUAUCAUUUAAUUGGUCAAGUACCGUUGGUCAUUGAUGUCCUCUCUAACGAGAUACACACUCAGUCAUUGAAGAACCAAUACAGUACAGGAGGAGCCUCUAGGGGCAAGAAUAAGCAGAGGAAGAAGAGCCUCUCAACUCGUGAAACAGUCUCGAGUUUAUUACGAGGAACAUUGAAUAAAAUAAGAGGAGGAGGAGGAGAGAAUAAAGAAGAGGGCGUUUAUUCUCCCAGUACUUCCAUUGAUGAUUCUCCUGAUGCCUUGGGACCAACUGCUUCCAAAAGAAUGGCACUUGAUGAUUCCUCUGACAUUAGCGGUCACAAUGAGAGUGGAAAUAGUUCGUCAUCUUCUUUUUCAUUCAAUCCUAACAUAAGGAAGAAACUCUUCAAUAAAGGAACCAGGUCGAAGAAAAAAUAUCCAUUCCUUCGUAAAGCAAAGAAAAACGUUGAAAACGUUCCAUUACUGUCAAAUGAUAAUACAGAAGGUACACAACAAAAAGAACAAGAACAACAAGAGGAGGAGGAGGUGGAGCCAGUAUCAAGCAAUGACGAUAGGCCACCAAGUGCUCUUCCUUCACCAUUACUAAACUCAACCACUAACCUUGACUUAUUAACAAUAUCCCCACUCACCACCUCUAUUGCUUCUCGUCUAAAUAAUAAUAUUCAACUCCACACUCCAGUAGGCCAUGGAGCAUCUCCCUCUGCUAGUCCUCAUGUAGUGUCUGCCACUGAUGCUGUCAUGGAGAGUCCUUUAUCAAGUAAUUACAAGUUAGUCUCAAGAACCCGGAGGACAUAUUGCAGGAACCCCGCCCCAGCUGUUGUCAGAGCAUGCCCGAGUCCUUACUCGUUCCAGCCUCCUGUGGAGAGAGUUCCCACUGGGUCUCAACCGGUUAAACUGGUCAGACCUGUUUUGACUGAUCACAACUCCCGAAAGAGGAGACAAGUCCAGUUUGGCCAGUCAGGGUAUCAUUGUGGCGGGUUUGAGUUGCUGCCUAAGCCGUUCACAUUCAGUCCAGUGGGCAGUGGCACUGCUACUAGUGGUAGGCUGGGAUCAUCAUCAGUAUCUAAUCGUGCACAGUUAGCUUCAUCCACUCCAUUGGAGAGGAAGCAUAAGAAGGAGACAGUAAGAGGGAGACCUGAGGAUGAUUACAUGAUUAAAGGAACCAGCAGUACUUCUGAGACUGUGACUAAUAAUGAUAGUUAUCUUUGUGCUGUGGAGAAUGGAAGAGACAGGGAGACUCCUCUGAGAAGGAAACUAUACGAAAGCUCAAACAUUAAUUCUUCAACAACAAGAGGAGUAAAGACUGGGAGUAAUGGCAGUGGUAGCAUUGGUAGGAGAGCUAAUUCAAUGAAAGUGACUCCAACAAGUGAUGCUACCCCAAGUACUGAAAAUGACAGGAAUAUUAGCAAAAAAGGAAGGAGGCAUGUUGUUAAAAGUCAGUCGAUGAGCAGUCGUGGUAUCAAUACUGCCAGAUCACCUUGGAUUAACAGGAAAGGCAUUGAAGUAUCAGAAUGGAUUAUAUAACUUAUGUGUGUAUGUGUGUAUCUCUCUCUCUCUCUAGUUGCAUUUAUUUUGAUAAAUAAUGUUAAUAAACAUGGUAUAGAUGUAUUAUGUUGUCUUGAUCCAUAAAACACAAAAG